AUGGGAAAUUGCACAGGGCUUUUCUCGAGUUGUGAGGGGAAAGAUGGAGAAGCCCAUAAUGCUGUCAAAAGAAUAGAUAAAGAUAAAAUCCAAAAAGCACUCAACCAUAAUAAGAAUCUUGAGAAUUUCUCGCCAGAUAAUAUGGAUCCAAGUUAAGCUAAUUCAUGGGGCAAAAUGAACAAUAAUGGUUUUGACAGAGGAGGUUUCUCUAAUUAAAGUUCACCACUUAAAGAAGUUUAGUAAAUGUAAAUGAUGAAUAAUGAUCAAAGAAUUAGAUAAGAGCCUAUAACACUAGCUAGCGGAGCUAUAUACACUGGAGAGUGGCGAAACGGUCUUAGGGAUGGAGAAGGUACACAGGAGUGGCCAGACGGUUCAAAAUACGUGGGCAGUUGGGUGAAUGAUAAAGCAAAUGGAUAUGGAACACUCUAUCAUGCUGAUGGUGAUAUUUACGAGGGUAAUUGGUAAGACGACAAAGCAUACGGUAAAGGGAUAUAUACUCAUGCUAAUGGCGCAAAAUAUAACGGCGAGUGGAAGGAUGACAAGUAGCAUGGGUUUGGAGUAGAAAGUUGGCCCGAUGGAGCUAUCUAUGAGGGACAUUAUUUUGAAGGCAAAAAAAAUGGUCUUGGAAAGCUGACAUUUGCUGAUGGAUCUGCCUACGAAGGCAAUUUCUAAAUGAAUGAAAUUAGUGGGUCUGGAUUUUAUGUCUGGAGCGAUGGCAAAAGGUAUAAGGGUCAAUGGCUAAAUAAUAAAAUGCAUGGCAAGGGUUAAUUAUGGUGGCCUGACGGUAAAAUGUACCUCGGAGAUUUCGAAGAAGACAAGCGACAUGGUAACGGUUUAUUUAAAUGGAAAGAUGGCAGAGAGUAUGAAGGAGAUUGGUUAAGAGGUAAACAGCAUGGUACUGGAGUUUACAGAAACCAUAAAGGAGAAGAAAGGAAAGGAGAGUGGGUUGAAGGCAAAAGAGUUUAAUGGCUAAGCUGA